UAAAGCGAAGAGAAGAAACGGAACAACUUGAAAAUCAUGAAACUAACGAAACAGUGUCGAGUGUCGAUAAGACAACACAAAACAAUUCGAAGGAAUUGUUCAAACCAACGGACGAAUUAGCAGAAAGACCAAAACGACCGAGAAAAAAACGUAUAUUCUUUUUACUCGAUAUAUUAAUUUCCGUGGGUAUAAUUGCUCCUUUGGUGAUUGGAUCUUGGAGAGGAGCAUGGAACUUGAUAAAUCUUUAUCUGAAAGUGUUUCCCGUCUGGUUCAUUUUUAUAUUCGGCAUUGCUUUGAGCAUGAUAUUCACGAUUUGCAAGAGUCGAUUUUACAACAUUUACAUGAAUGAAAAAUGGACUGAAUUAAACUCACGGAAGCGAUUAUUUUAUCGCACGUCACGAAUUCUGUACACUUACAUUUUCGGAGUGGCGUGCAUCAUGCACUGGCAAGGUGGUUGGGGCGUCAUCGAUAAUUUCUUGUUUAUACAUAUGGAUAACACAUCUUUGACGUGUUUGCUAUUGACAUGCUUGGCAGUUCUACGUUGCAUUCGAAACUUGAUGCACGUUCCAUUCCUAAUUUGCAUCGAUACGCCGAGAUGUUUUCUAUUUCCUACCAGAUAUAAUACGAGUACGAGGGACUGGUCAUUGUACUUACUGGAUUGUGCUUUUAGCGUCGGUGUGGUAGGCACGUUGAUUGUUUUCGUCUGGAGAGGGGCCUGGAGCCUCAUCGAUAUGUAUUUAUUUCCAGAGAAUAUCCAUUAUUCUGCCAUUGGUUCACUGGCUAUCGGAUAUUCUAUAGUCACUGUGACAUUUUCUCUGCAACCGCUGAUGCGAUACGCCUGCACGCGUCUUCAGGGUCUGUUUCGCUUAAUAGUCGCAGACGCUUUUCUUCUUCUGAGUUUUUUGGGAACCGUGAAUGUUUGGCGUGGUAUAUGGGUCGCGCUGGACUUGUGGUUACUGCCAGAUAACUUGGAAUUAUCUUGCUGGAUCACUCACAUCGGCUGCUUCGUUUUACUUGUCCUCCUCAAUUGCGGCAACACCAUUUUGGUUCGUGGCGUUUAUAUCGAUGCCGAGGAAGAGCAAGGAAAAUGCGUCGUGUUUCCGUGUCACUAUCUUCGAUUAUUCUUUAAGAUCGAACGCGAAAAGAAACAGGCGAGGCAACAGAAGUUAUUGGUAGCUUCGCAAGAUUUCGACGGUCGCACCGAUAUAAACGAGAAAAACGGUGAAAAUGGGACUCUUUUGCCGAAUAAUACGGCGGUGACGAUUAUAUCCGCGAAUGCAGACUCUCUCGCAUAGAUGAGGACGCUAAUUCACUCGUCGUAGAGGAGAAAAUUAAACUGAGGAUGUGACGAUUCACAGUAAUCCAGUUAUAACUGAACACACCAACGUGAUACCAACGAGAUCUUUGUGUUCUUUUCUAAAUCAAAAAUUGUCGUGGAUUUUAUGAAUUGAUCUUCGAAACGCUUAAGGAUGAUUCUCGUACUAAUCGUGCCUUAUUGCGACCAUAAUCAAGGUAUAGUGACAAUAAACGAAGUAUUUUUCACAACAGAUGCUUGUUAAUGGCAGCAGAAAGAAUAGUUGGAAGUUGUAUGUGUGGCUGUGAAUGAACGUACAAAGUGGACAAAUCUGUACGAUUAUUACGAUCAAGUGUUGCGAUGUGCAUAAACUAAUAAUAUGACGUAAAAAGUGUACAAUAUCUGAGGUGAUUGUACGACUAAAACAAUGAAAAACUGGAACAUAGAAAUCAUUGCCGCCGGCCAUUGUGUGUUUUAUCUUCAAUGGAGAUGACGUGUAUGCGUGUUAAAGACUAUUUAUAUAUUUAUUUCAAAGUGUACACACGAAAAAUGCGUGCGUAAAGAUGAUUUCAUAUAGAGAGAAAUACUGAAUAAAGAUUAAAUAUUAAUUAGACGUUUC